AGCAUUCCAAAGUGGAAGUGGAACCCUACUCCGCCGCCGGCGCCACCACUUCUUCCCCCCCGACGACACGCCGGCCGCCGGUCGCCGGAAUCGAUUGCGGCGCGCUCCCCAAGCAGCAGCAGCAACGCGGGAGGAGAGCCGGGCCGCCGCCGGGGAGGGAGCAAGGUGGUAAGCUCCAUCCCCCUGACUGGGUUUCACCCUGGCAGCUACCCAAUGAGGAGUUGCGCUUCUUCUCUCUGUGGAAUUUCUAGAGUGGCUUGGAGGAGGCACGCGGUGGCCGGAGGAGCUCUGAGCCAGCACCACCACCACCAGCAGCGUCACCUGGUGCUCAGGCCACCCGCGCCGCCGCCCAUUGGCCUUGCCCUCGAGCGCUUCUUCUCCGCUUCAUCCCGGCGCUCCGCCAAGAGAUCCGCCGCCGCCGCGAAGCAGAGCAGCCAGCCACCGCCGCCGCCGUCGAUGGACGGAGGUGAGCCGUUCUAUGUCGUCCGCAAGGGUGACGUCAUCGGCAUCUACAAGAGCCUCAGCGAUUGCCAGGCUCAAGUCAGCAACUCGGUAUGUGAUCCUUCUGUGACGGUGUACAAAGGCUAUUCUUUGCGUAAAGAGACAGAAGAAUACCUCGCUGCGCGCGGUUUAAGAAAUCCUCUUUACUCCAUUAAUGCAGCAGAUGCAAGAGAUGAAUUAUUUGAUGACCUAGUUCCAUGCCCUUUCCAGCAACCUGAUGGAACUGGGACUUCUACUUUAAAAAGGCCACUAGAGAUGGAAACUGGACCGUCAAAGAAACAGCCCAAAGUCUCCGAACAAGAACCAUUACCUAAUAGUUCUCUCUCUUGUCUUCUUGAAUUUGAUGGUGCUUCUAAAGGAAAUCCUGGGAAAGCAGGUGCUGGAGCAGUAAUAAGGCGACUAGAUGGAACUGUGAUUGCUCAACUACGGGAGGGUUUGGGUAUUGCAACCAACAAUGCUGCUGAAUACCGUGCAUUGAUCCUAGGGCUAACAUAUGCUGCCAAGAAGGGAUUCAAGUAUAUACGUGCUCAAGGAGAUUCUAAGCUUGUUUGUAACCAGGUCUCAGAUGUAUGGCGUGCUAGGCAUGAUACUAUGGCUGACUUGUGCAAAAGGGUUAAGGAAAUUAAGGGAAGAUUUCAUACAUUUCAAAUCAACCAUGUUUUGAGGGAAUUUAACACGGAUGCUGAUGCUCAAGCUAACUUAGCCGUUGAACUUCCUGUUGGCGAAGUUCAAGAGCAGGCGAACUUCCUAUGACCUAGUGAUUGCGAUCGAGAGUAAUUUGUGCAUUGCACCAACUUUUAUCGGAGUGAAGCUAUGUGGCAACAUUCUAUUUCCAGUUGAUUCAGAUGGUCAGACCCAACGACUCGAAUGUGGGGCAAGUUUCACCAAGUUUACAGUUAGCCAGCAUGUUUGCUAGCUUGAACUGCAAUGCUGACAUGGUAAUUUCAGUGGGAGGAGAUAGUCUCUAAAUUUCUGUGUAAUGGCGUAGGGAUGAAUGAUUAGAACUGGAGGCUAGCAAUUAUGCUCGUUCCCAGUAGCAAUACUACAGAACUGUUAACUAUUUUUGAGCCAAUAUGAGGUGAUGCAGCGAGUAGAUCCGUGUAACGAGGUACAGAUUGAGAUUGGCAGUAUAACAAAAUACAAAGGGAUACUGCAGCUAUUUCUGUUGCCUGUUCAAUUUAUGAAUUGAAAGGAGAAAAUAACACGGGCUAUGUUGUUUGCAGUGCCAAAAAAAAAGUAAAUAAAGAUUGUCAUUGCUAA